AUGCAAGUGAAACUGACUACCGAGGUGCCUAUCUACCAGAGAAAGCGGAGGAUGAGCCCAGGUGACAUUGAUGUGUGUCGGGAGAAUGUCAGCGAGGAGGAUGUGUGGGGACUACCGGGGACUCAACAAAGUGACAGUAGCGGACAGGUAUCCCAUGCAAUCGGCGGAGGAGAUAUUCGACAGGCUGCAAGGGGCGGUGGUGUUCAGACGCUAGACCUCAGGCAGGGAUUCAACCAGAUACCUAUCAAGGAGGAGGACAGGAAGAAGACCGCGUUCCACGGGCCCGACGGGUUGUACGAGUGGAAGUUCAUGCCCUUCGGUAUGAAGAACGCGCCGGCAUUGUUUCAGCGAGUGAUGGACUCGGUGUUGAGGAAUGUACCUGCAGCAGCCUGUUACAUUGACGAUGUAGUCGUGUUCAGUGCGUCAGCCGAGCAGCACGUGAAGGACGUGAGCGACACCUUGGCAGCCAUACGAGACGCCGGGCUGACCUGCCAUCCGAAGAAAUGCAGCUUUGGGAACAGUUCAGUGAAAUAUCUGGGGUUCGAGGUGCAAGGGGGGCAGCUGAGCAUCCAGCAAGCGAAAGUGGAGGUGCUGGAUCGCGUCUCCGCUCCCAAGGACCGUAGCACGCUGAGAGUCGUGUUAGGUUUUCUCAACUACUACAGAAAGUUUGUACCCAACUUCAGCCGCACCGCGGCGGUUCUGAACAAGCUGCUGCGAGAGGAGCAGGCAUGGCAAUGGGGAGAGGCCGAACAGGGGGCGUUUAAAGCCCUACUCAAGGCUGUGAAGACAGGGACCGUCUUGACCCUGCCCAACAAGGAAGACCCCUUUGUACUCUACACCGAAUGGAGCAGUGCAGGCAUGGGAGGCAUCCUGUGUCAAGAAAGGGAGGGAUAG